AGGUGUGUGAUAAUCGAUUUCAUCCCUUGUGAAGGAGACUGAGUCCAUGAAGGAUUCCAAAUAUUGUGUUUACAAUGUGUACCGAACGGCUGGGCCCACUGGAAGAAGAAUUGUUCCUGGCGAUAUCUGAACGAAAUUAUGACGUCGUCAAGCAAACAAUUAUGACAGGAUCGAGGUGUAAUUUUCUGCACCGGAGCGGCGUUACCCCACUCAUAAAAGCUGUUCAAGUUGGUUGUGAAGAUAUAGUUCUGGCACUUGUGUCGAGUGGUAGAAAAGAUAGCGACCAUGAGGAUGAGCUGAGUGUUGAGAAAAUAUUUGGUACAGAAAAUAAAGAAGACAGCAACGUUCUGGGCCGGGACGUUCAUCUUCGCGAAAAAUGGCGCCGCGCUGGCAGUGAUAUGAAGAGAGUUCUGAAUGCUACGAGCAGUUCUUCCGACGAUGAUCUGGGUGAAGAACCCCGGAAAAGCAAGCGAAAGCCGAAUCUUGGAGAUUUGUGUAAUUAUGAAUCCCCGUCAUCGCUUUCGCCUCCAUUGUUUUCAACUCUGCUCGAGGAAUUGAAACGUGAAGAAAGUUCGGCUGUCCUGGAGAAGACCUCUGAGGAAGCCGCGUUUUAUCCCUUCCGUAAUGUCGUAUCGACCAUGUUCUCUCUCCUGCCAGCCAAGAGACACUCUCCUAUGCCAUCUCCUGAUGUGGUGACAAACGUUUCCAGUCGAAAACGUGGUAGCGGAUCGUUUGGAAACGACAGCCCAUUUUGCGCUUCGAGUGGCCUGACAACUGACAAAGGGCUCCUGUGCGGGAAAGAAUCUGCGCGUUCCGUCAGUCCUUCCGAUUCCUGUGAUGAAUUUUGCAUCAGCUCAAAGUUCGCAACUCCGCUGCUCGACUUCAUUGCCGGAGAAUACUCAGAGAAGUGCGAUCUGAACAUGACGGACGUAUCGAAACGAACCGCUUUGCAUUAUGCUGCGAUGCAGGGUAACGCGAGGAUUGUUGCGGUGCUGAUUGAUGCAGGGGCACGAGUGAACGUGACCGACAAGCAUGGCUCAUCUCCGCUUCACCUGGCGUGUUCAACGGGGCGACAAAAUGUGAUCAAGGUUCUUUUAAAAGCCAAGGCUCGUGUCAGUCUCAAGAACGACGAGAAGGUGACACCGUUGCACGAGGCGGCGUCCAGAGGCCACGCCGGCGUGUGCGUCCAACUCCUUGCCGCCGGCGCGAGUGUCGACGCUGAAGAUACGUCGGAACGGACGCCUCUGUAUGUCGCUGUGUCUUGGUGUCACCACGAUGCCGUGGAAGUUUUGCUGCGUCACGGGGCCAAAGUUUCAGCAGCGAAUAUCCACGGUGAAACUCCAUUGUGCGAAGCUGUGCAUAAAAACGAUGUAGCCAUGGUGAGGAAGCUACUUCAGCACGGAGCAAAGGCUCCAACAUCCAGUCAUCUCUUGCAUCACGCCGUGAGGAGUAAAAAACUGCCGAUGAUCAGUAUGCUGAUGGAAUCCGGGCUGUGUCAGAUCAACGGUAAAGAUUCGACAAACGGAGAUACGCCUUUGCAUAUUGCUUGUGCCUCUGGUCAGGUCUCCGUUGUGGAAGCCCUCAUUAAAGUCGGGGCGUCAGUGAACAUCGCCAAUCGGAGGGAACGUUACGCGAUGCACUGCGCGACUCUGGGCUGCACUGCCAUCAAAUCUUUCCAAAGAAUGUGCAGAGCUCUUUUGAGUGCCGGUGCCGACGUCAAUGUCGGGACGGAAUCUCCGUUCAUGUGUUGCCUGCGGGAAAGGAAGAGUCAUUUCGCCAAUUGGCUCCUGCGACACGGGGCCAAAGUGUGUUCAAUGGAGGAUCCCAUCAGGGUCUUGGAGCUUGUCCGGAGUGGCGGGGACGAAGACACUCAGAAGCUCUUGAUUUACACGGGUUUCGAUAUCCAUGGGUGCUCUUUGCCGUGCGAGAAAGAAGGAACGUUGGAGUCCAUGAUGUGUGCGGGCAGCUCAGUUUGUUUCGGCUGUGAAGCUGGCAAUUGCUGGUUGUUGGAGCGAAAGACGAAUCCUUUGCUGCUGACCGAGUUGGCGAGGAUCGCGUAUCGUGACGGAAUCGCCUCGAGUGUUGCACUAGAACGUAUCGUGAAUCGGAUCCCGUUUUCGAAUGCCAUAAAAAAGUUCAUUCUUUUCGACGAAUUCGCGGAGAAAGGAGAUGAUUAGGCGUAUAGGUUUCUUGUAUCUUUCGAAUCUUAUACUAAGCCCGUGUCAGCGCCCGAUUUCUGAAGGCUAGUUUUGGAAAAACCUCGUGGCUAAUCUGGAAUUCUGUUGUCUGUCUUUCUGAAGAGUAAUGAUUUGGUGUUGACUGAACUGGACUUUUCACUAGAAAGAAUGAAUCGAGUUCGGAUGGUGAACGGGUUCCGAGGGGUUUCUCGAAAGUCUUGGCUCUUACCCAUUGACGGAAUCUGGUCUAAAUUCAUGCAUUCCAUUGAAAGCAGAUUACGACGACGUACACUACGUACAAAAUGUCUGAAAUAAUUUUGGUAGCCACUUCAGAUUUCUCCAGAUUCUCUUGUUUCAGUAACACGUUCAAGUAAUUGUCAUCUAAGAAUCACAUAUAUAAUGGGGUAAUCCAAAUUGAAGGCCAUUGCGAUUGAUGGGAAAAGUUUGUUAUCUUUCUGGAAUGUCACGGAUGGAGUGAUUGUAAUUAUUGCACAAGUUUGCAAUACCUGUGUCUUUGAUGUCAGCAUAUUUUCAAAAUCAGCAUUGAGAUGAACGUUGACAAAAAUGAGAUUACUGUAUCCCUGUAUUUUGGCAAAUAUUUGCCCUUGGGGGGCGGGGGG